GCUGUACCAGAUUAUAUUGCUUUUGUCCACAAAUAUCUUUCUGUUAAAAGUGUACAACCGAAAAAUAGUAUGGACAAACCAGACGAAUAUACUAAAGCGGAUGAAGCAAAUAAAUCGUUCAACGGGAAUGAUCCAGUUUACAGUAGUGCGCAAGUCUACGAUACAGCUCCAGCUAACAACCAAAGAUCCUUUCGACAAACAAUUUCAUCCAAGCUACUGCUGUUUUCUGUCGUGAUAGUCAUUCUAACAUUUGCAAUCACCUUUUUACCAACCUACUUCGUCAUGAACUCCAAAAUAAACGACAGUCAGCAAUCGCAAUCUCUCGCCAACAACCAAGGAAUCUCUACCACCAAUAAUGCGACUUGUAAUGCCAAUACUACGACACCGUUCCCUUUCAGCUAUAGCUCAGUCGGACCAGUUUACACCCCCAAUACGCAAAAUUGUAGUGGCAUUAAUGAUUUUUGGGAUAUCGGCAAUUGCAAGCAAGUCACCGAUGUCAACUGGAGUUUCGGGCUGAAUGUUACAACAAACUACUCGGUUUUGAAAAUCUAUUCAGAUGCUUAUUGCUUGAGUGCUGUCACAUCAUUGUUGUUCACUAGUGGGUGCACAAGUGGGCAAUCCAUUCUGAACUUACACCCACAAGGUUUCAAGUCCAUGAAAGUAUGUUACAGCUUGACGAACUGUUAGGACGAGGGUGAAAAAGAAAAAAUCAGUGGGUUGUCUAGUACACAGAAACAG